CGUGGAGGCCCUAAUAGCAGAUCCACAUGAAAGUGUUGUGGCCUGUGAUUGGUCGUCAGGCGUGUGAGACACGAGGAAGGAAGCAGGAAGCAAGAAAAGUAGAAAGUAGAAAAGAGGAGGAGAGACAAGAUGAUGUCUCACACUUGGAGGCUGCAAGAAGAAGAAGAAGAUGGCUGCAACACUGCGGGGUGAGGAGUUCCGGCUGGGCAGCACCCCUCUCGCCAUGCUGGCAGCCACCUGCAGCCGGGUAGGAGAGUGCAGUCCCCCCGGUGGUCCCCCCGCUCUCUCCCGGGGCUUCCACCCGUGGAAAAUGAGCGUGCUCCCAGUCACUUCCUCCAGGAGCAACGCGGUGGGUUUCUCCGCGGAGCCUUCCAGCGCCUUCUCGGCCACCGGCGCCUCCAACCUCUUCGGGAGCGACUUCGAACUCGCCGCCUUCCAGAACUCUGUGCCGGGGGACGACGCCCAGCGAGCCGUGUUCCUCGCCUCGUCCUACCCGCGCCUGCACCCGUACGAGUCCUGGCUGAAGCCCGCGGGAGACGUCGGGGGCGGGUCCUGCUGGUGGGACGUGGGCACCGCGUGGGCGGACUGUCACAGCCAGGCGGAGGGCGGCGUUCAGCAUGAGCAUGUCGCCCCGGCGCAGCACCUGUUUGACGGCUUCCGUCCACUCGCCCCCGGGGAGUGCAACAACAACACCGCGGCGGGGAGCGCCGUCCUCCCGCUGCCGGCGUCCCCCCGCUCCUCGGCGCGGCGCUACGCCGGCAGAGCCACCUGCGACUGCCCCAACUGCCAGGAGGCGGAGCGGCUCGGGCAGGGCGCGACGGCGGCGGCGGCGGCGGGACCGCGGCCGCCCCGGGCCCUGCACAGCUGCCACAUCCCGGGCUGCGCCAAGGUGUACGGCAAGACGUCGCACCUGAAGGCGCACCUGCGCUGGCACACCGGAGAGCGGCCGUUCGUCUGCAACUGGCUCUUCUGCGGCAAACGCUUCACGCGCUCCGACGAGCUCCAGCGGCACCUGCGCACGCACACCGGGGAGAAGCGCUUCGAGUGCGGCGUCUGCCACAAGCGCUUCAUGCGCUCCGACCACCUGGGCAAGCACGCGCGGACGCACGGGGACGAGGCGGCGGCGGCGGUGGCGGUAACGGGGCCCGGUAAGGGCGGCAGCGACACGGACAACAGCGCGGCGGGGAGCCCCACGCGGUCCCCGGAGACACACGCCGCUGUCAAUGUCCACACUCGCCAGGUGACUUAAACUGCGUCCUUUUCCUCCAACACAUGAACACACUUUCUUACCUCGCCUCUAACUGCAGACUUCCGGAACAAUAAACACCACUUUCACCUUUUUAGCUUCUUCACUCAACAUAUUUGGAUAUUCUUGGUCAUCUCCAGUGGUUAAUAAAACUUCUCUAAUAUACACAACUCUUACUUACU